CUGCUACUGACCGGUGGGGCGUGCAAUUUUCUCUGCACGAAAGCGAGACACCGCCGGCAGCUCUCUCACAACUUUCGCAAUUGUCAUGAAAACACUUGAGGUUUAGUCGAUAAAAUGGAUGUCUUGAAGGAUUUAGAGACGAAAACAGAACAGGAGCUUCAUGAUAUCACGAUAUCGACGUACCAAAAUGUCAUUGACCUAUCCCCGCUGCUGAAAGAGCUCUCUACAAACGCCAAGAAUUACCUCAAAUCAUUGCAAAAUGUCGGACAAACUGCAUUUUCAUUCUUCGAUUCCCUUGGUAAAGUCUCACAAAUGGCGACCCAGUCCAAAGGAAUUGCAUCUUCACUUGGGGAAGCUAUAACGGAUUUGGUAACUGUGAAGAGAGUCAUAGAAACAAGGCAUCUUGAUGUGUUAAAGUACCUUCAGAAUGACCUCAUAACUCCAUUGGAAAGGCUUGUUGAGUUCGAUGUUCUGAACAUCAAGUCUGCUCAGAAGAACUACAACCAAGAGAACAAAACUAGAAGUGAGUUAGUGGAGAAAGCCAAGGGGGAAUUACUUAAGGUCAGGAAAAAGAGUCAAAGGAAAAAGCCAACAGAGAAAUAUGAAGAGAAAGAGAAACAGUGUGAAGAACAAGUAGAAUCGUGCAAGAGAGAGCUCCAAGAAUUUAGACUUAUUAGCUGCAGAAAGGCUAUGGCAGAAGAAAGCAAAAGAUACUGUUUUGUUCUUGAUAAAUGUAGUAUUGUUUCCAAAAGCACAAUGGAAUUUUGUGAACAUAAAGCUCAAAUACUAAGAGAAAAGCUUCCAGUUUGGUUUUCACAUGUGAAAAGAAAAGGUGAUCCUGAUUCUCAGGUUAAUGGCUCCAUAAUGCAUGCAGAGACUGAAAAGACUGAAAGAAUGAAGCUAAGAGCAAAUUUUGCCCACACAGCAGUUGAAAUGUCGCAGCUUAGUUUUAAAGUGGGUGAUUUAAUACAUCCUAUUAGUGAAGUGGUGUCAGGAUGGCAGUAUGGAGAAAACUUGAAAACUAACAGAUCAGGCUGGUUUCCAGCUGCGUAUACUGAACAAGUUCUUGCUGUUGCAACUGGUCCCACUAUAAGUCAUACAUUGCCUUCCAGUGGAUUGCAUCCUCGUCCUCCAUUAGAGACCAACGGUGGUCACAAGUCAUUAAAGCGUUAUUCAAGUGCAGGACCUAAUGCCAUGAAUUUCCCUCCUCCAGACUACCCUGGUGACUUGGAGAACAAACCAGGAGCUAAUCAUUUGCCAUCUCUGGACACUCUUGAUCAAUCAGGAAACCAAGUCAUGACACAAGUCACAAGUAUGGCACCCCACUUUCCAGGUUUAAAUGGGAACAACAGUAUCUCCCAGACCAUCUGGUCACCGAUGAUACCACCUCCACCUCCACCGCCUCUUCCCCCUCCUAUGAUUUUGUUAGAAGGAACUAGAGGAAACAACACACAGAAGUAAGUUAUGAAAACGCCUUCGCUAGAGGCAGUGCUGCUUAGAUAAAAUGAAGUUUCAUAUCCCUGGCAGAUAUAGAAACACGG